UUGUGGCUUCAUUCUGUUCAACAUUGUCUAUUACUUCAUUAUCAAAAUGAUACCACAUGUAAUAAUGAAGUAAUAGUAUAUGAAGAACAGAAUGAAAACACAUAUGAUAAUGAGGAAAUAGAAAAUGAUGAUCAGAUUGAUACCACAUGUUAUAAUGAAGAUGAUGAACACAAUGAAACCACAAGUGAUAAUGAAGUAAUAGAAGAUGAAGAACAGAAUGAAGCCACAAGUGAUAAUGAAGUAAUAGAAGAUGAAGAACAGAAUGAAAUAACAACUGAUUAUGCGGUAAUAGAAAAUGAUGAUCAGAUUCAUACCACAUGUGAUAAUGAGAUAGUAGAAGAUGAUGAAAACAAUGAAACCACGAGUGAUAAUGAGUUAAUAGAACAUGAGGAACAGAAUGAAGCCACAAGUGAUAAUGAGGUAAUAGAAGAUGAUGAACAGAAUGAAACCACAAAUGAUGAGGUAUUAGAACAUGAUAAGCAGAAUGAAACCACAAGUGAUAAAGAGGUAAUAGAAGAUGAUGAACACAAUGAAACCACAAGUGAUAAUGAAGUAAUAGACAAUGUUGAACAGAAUGAAGCCACAACUGAUAAUGAGGUAAUAGAAAAUGAUAAGCAGAAUGAAAUAAUAAUUGAUAAUGAGGUAAUAGAAGAUGAUGAACAGAAUGAAGCCACAAGUGAUAAUGAGGUAUUAGAAGAUGAAGAACAGAAUGAAAUAACAACUGAUUAUGAUGUAACAGAAUGUAAUGAACAGAGUAAAAUCACAAGUGAUAAUGAGGAAAUAGAAGAUGAUGAACACAAUGAAAUGACAAGUGAUAAUGAGGUAAUAGAAGAUGAAGAACAGAAUGAAACCACAAAUGAUAAAGAGGUAAUAGAAGAUGAAGAACAAAAUGAAGCCAUAAGUGUUAAUGAGGUAACAGAAGAUGAGGAACAUAAUGAAGCCAUAAAUGAUAAAGAGAUAAGAAAAGAUGAUGAACAGAAUGAAAUGACAACUGAUAAUGAG